AUGGUGGCCAAGACGAGCAGCCCCUCCGGAUUUCGGAAGGCCGUGCGCGCCGAGCGCGUGGAGGUCGUGUCGGAGAACGUGAAGGCCGCCAAGAAGAGGGACAAGAAGGCGCGCGUCAACCUGGACGACGAGAACGUCCUGAUGGCCGUCAACGUGUUCCUGGACGUGGGCCGGCAGGUGCACCGCCGCACCAAGUACAAGAGAGCGAUGGAGUACUUCGACACGGCCGUGGACCUGGACCCGGAGAGCCUCAAGCCGCUGCAGCCCAGAGCGGCCACCCUCGUCACGCUGGCUUACUUCGAGGAGGCGCUGGAGGAGAUCGACAAGCUGGAGGCCGCGUACAAGGCCCAGGAGGGCGUGGAGGCCGAGGAGCCCCAGGACUGCCGGGUGCCGCUCGCCAUCCGGCGGCUCAAAGUGGAGGCGCUGUGGCAGGGCGGCCGCUUCGAGCGCGCCGCCGUGCUGGCCGCGCAGGGGAUGCGCGUGCGGAGGCAGCCGCCGUACUUUACUGACAUGUACUACACGAGCCUGGCCACGCUGGACCAGUGCCUGGGCUCGUCGCUGGACAGCUGCCUGGAGGCCCUGUCCGAGAACAAGGACCUGCUGGAGCGUCUGAGGCCCGACCCGCCCGAGGACGACCUGGGCCCCGUGCGGGUCCGGCAUUACGUCAAGCCCAAGACCAAGGAGCAGCUGUGCAGGGACCAGCGCUACAAGGAGUUCACGCGGCAGCGGCGCGUGUACAAGGCGGGGCUGUUCCUGGGCGCGCUGGGCAGGGACAUCGAGUACAUCGACCACCUCGGCGAGCACGCCGCCAUCACCAACAGGGCGAGCGACGCGUGGAUCCGGAGGCACGUGGACGCCGUGGCCGGCGACAUGACCAAGCGCAUGGUGGGUGCAGCACAGACCGGUUGA